AAUCCAGAGCUGACAACCCAAAGUUGACUGCAUGCAAAGCAGUGUUUUCGCAAGGGCAAAUGCAGAAUGAGUUCAUAAUGCAUAAGCUGCCACUUAAUUUUGCUUUUCAGAACUGCUGAAUAUGUAUCAUUUCACUUGUUCAGGGGGCUCCUGAGCUCUUCUCUGGCUUUUUUGUUGUUUUGGUGGGGGACAUCAAUUGGCCAAAAAGCAUUUGGAAAGGCAGCCUUUAAGAAACACCAGGUCUGUUGACUCAGGUGAAUGCAAACAGGCUGUCUUGCUAAGAAACAAAUCAGAGGUGAUUGCUUUUUUUUCCUGGAGAGGACAACUGUUAUUAAAGUCCACAUUUAUAAUCUUGCAACAAAUGAAGUUAUUGAUUAGUCAAUACAAUCAAUCAAUGAGUGCUUUUGGCCCUUAAUCCCUUGUAGCUAAAUGGAGCUGUAAAUGCGUUGCCUUGGCAGCAAUAGACCGAGCUGGAUUCAGUUCUGGGCUCUAAAAUGAAGAGAGGUUCUUGAAUCACUGGGAAGGGUUGUUUCUUCCCUGAUCAUGAGGGCCGAGUUGCCCUGAGGAGGGGAAACACGGUCCCCUUGUAAUAAGUUUGCACUAACUAAUGUUCAUUCGGUUCCACUACCCAGUAUUAAUGUUGGGGAGAUUCUACUUUGCCGUUUGCUUGAGCUAGUUCAGGGAUGUGAAUUCGUUCUGUUGCCUGUUAACGGGGCUCCGGUCUUCCCUCGAACACAGCAUUUUGCUACGAUGGUGUCUGAGCAAUCUACUGAACAGGGCCACGUGUCCGUGGUGGUACGAGUGCGUCCCCAGACCUCGUGGGAGCAGGAGAGCAACCGCCCAAGGGUGGUGCAGGUGGUGAGUGACUGUCUGCUGGUUUUCGACCCCGAGGAGCCCAGACCCCCAGCGAUCACGGCGGGUUUCCAAGGGCUUGAUUCUGCCCCAAGGCGGAAGGGCAAGGACCUGACGUUUGCUUUUGACCGGGUGUUCGGCGAGAGUGCUGCUCAGGUGGAGGUGUUUGAGAAUACCACCGAAGGCCUCCUGGAUGCUGUCCUGAACGGCUACAACUGUUCUGUGUUUGCCUACGGUGCCACCGGGGCUGGGAAGACGUAUACCAUGCUGGGGUCCGAGAAAGACCCGGGCAUCAUGUACCUGACCAUGGCGGAGUUGUUCAGGAAAAUAGAGGCCAGGAGAGAGCAGCAGCGCUACGAGGUGCUUGUCUCAUACCAAGAGGUGUACAACGAGCAGAUCCACGAUUUGCUGGAACCAAAAGGUCCUCUGGCUGUGCGGGAGGACCCAGAGAAAGGAGUGGUGGUUUCCGGCCUCUCUUUUCACCAGCCCAGAACUGCAGAGCAGCUACUGAAAAUGUUGGCGCGAGGCAACCAGAACCGCACUCAGCACCCCACGGACAUCAACGCCGCUUCUUCCCGUUCCCACGCCAUCUUCCAGAUCUACGUGAAGCGGCACGACGCCAUCGCCCAGGACCUGCAAGUGGGCAAGAUGAGCCUGGUUGACCUGGCAGGCUCGGAACGGGCCUCUGUUGCCAACACAAGAGGGGAGCGACUGCGGGAGGGGGCCAACAUCAACCGCUCUCUUCUGGCCCUGAUCAACGUCAUCAACGCCCUGGCCGAUGCAAAGAGCAAGAAGCCUCAUAUCCCCUAUCGGGACAGCAAACUGACGCGCAUUUUGAAGGACUCCAUUGGCGGGAACUGCCGCACCAUCAUGAUUGCUGCUGUGAGCCCGUCCGUGGUUUCUUAUGAGGACACCUACAACACCCUCAAAUAUGCCAACCGGGCCAAAGAAAUCAAACUCUUGAUGAAAAGAAACACCUUAACGUUGGACUACCAUAUUAGCCAGUACGCCGCUAUUUGUGAGCAGCUGAAAGCUGAGGUAGCAGACCUGCGAGGAAGACUCCAAGCGUAUGAGGGAAAGGGCCCGCUGGGGAACCCCCACGGCUUGACGCAUUCUGGCCCCGAGGAGGCGGAGCUCGUCAGGGUGAAGGAAGCUGGUUUCGGUCAUCCGGGUGAUCGAGAGACAGAAGCACAACCGGAGCUGCUCAAACCAGGCUGCCCCUCCUCUUCUUUGGGAGGAAGCAGCCUAAAGCAAGACUCGGGAAGGAAACCUGGUUGCUCCAUCACAGAAUCCUCAGGCCCCGUUCUACCACAGGGAAACAUGCCUGUUGGGCAGCAGAGAAUGGCGAGAGCUCAGCUGGAGAGAUUGGUGGCGACCGUCUUGAGCGUGGCCCGGAAGCAGUAUUCUGUGCUAAAAGCGGCCAGCCUCCUCACUCCGGAUAUGAUCAUGGAGUUUGAAGAGCUGGACCACUUGGUGCCCCGACAGUCUGGAGAGCCGCCGAGGGCUCCUGCUGCGGACCAGCAGCUAGAGGAGCCCCACACGGUCCCCAAGGUUGCGCUGCCGCUGGAAGGGCCACGGUUUGCAAAUGACGCCGAGCGGGCCAGCGCAGCAGGCAGUUCUGGCUCCCCACCCACCCUGCCAGCCCCAAGCGAUUUCAAGACCCCCCACCUCCCCACCAAGAGGAGGAAGAGGACAUCGGGAGGAACGACUCCCUCUGGAAGACACAGGCCAAAGCGUCAGCGGAAAGCUAGCCCCCCUCCCCAGCAAGUGAGCUCCCCAGAGGGGUGGGCCGUCCUUGUGGGAGCAGACUGUACCAGCACCCCUCUUGUGGAGAGGAUGAAAUCUAGCCCGACGGGUCUGCCUGCCCUGCCGCCGUGCCCUCCGACCGUCACCGAGGGCCGGGUGCCCCUGGGCCCCUCGGCCACUCAGAACUGCUCUACGCCACUCCCCCAACGAGGCCUGAACACCACUUUCGAGCUUAGCAAGAACCCCUGUGCCAAAAGUGGUCCGGAAUUCAUUGGAUGGGAGAACCUCCAACAGCUCCCCAAUCCCCUGGGAGGGCCUCUUCUACCCAGGGCCUCCAUGCCAGUGUUCACCAUGAAGGGCUCCUCCAUCCCGAGAUCGUCAUCCUUGGCUUCCAGACCAUCCAUGAAGAGGAGGAGACAGGUCACAGGUUCCCACUCGUUGGGUGUCCCACGCAGCCGGAUCGCCAGGCUACAAGGCAACUCUGCGAAGGCUGCACAGACCACGGAUACGGCAGCAGGAGGUCCAUCUUGCGGCACCGCGUGGAGAUGGCGCUGAAACGGUUCUAGAGGAUUUGCCUUGUCUCAGUCCUAGAAGCUGAUUGGCUGAUGACUUCUUUCACAGUUUGGGGCUGUCAACAUCCUCUCUCUUUGUUGUCUUGUAAUAAUACAAUUUCUCUCUCUCUCUCUCUCUCUCUCUAGAAGUAGAUAUAUCCUUGCUUUGUUUUCUGAGCCCAGCUCCUCCCUCAACCUGGCCUUGUGCGCUUACGAUAAGCGGUCAGAAGCCGAACAGCAACUUAUCUUUUUAAAUAAACUCUCUGGGAACAAGAA